AGCAUUCGACUUCGUGUCUUGCGAGCAAAAGCACACCGUCUUUUCGCGAAAUUUUUUUCUCUUCCAAUUUCGAAUUUGCUUCUCUCGAUCUUGAAUUUUCUUUUAGCGGGGAAAAUUAAGUUGGCUGGUAUUCUCUCCUUGCGUGUGCAGCAACUGGAUGUUCGAUGUGAAACAAAAACCAAGGAUAAUGUGUUUGUUAAUGUGAUUGCUUCAAUUCAGUACCGAGCCUUAGCAGAUAAGGCUCAAGAUGCUUUCUAUAAGCUCAGCAAUACCAGAGCCCAGAUCCAAUCCUAUGUCUUUGAUGUUAUUCGGGCUAGUGUUCCUAAGUUGGAGGUGGACUCAGUAUUUGAGCAGAAGAAUGAUAUAGCGAAAGCAGUGGAAGAGGAACUUGAAAAGGCCAUGUCGCAUUAUGGGUUUGAGAUAGUUCAGACUCUUAUUGUGGAUAUUGAACCAGAUGAGCAUGUGAAGAGGGCAAUGAAUGAAAUAAAUGCAGCUGCUAGGUUGAGGGUGGCUGCCAAUGAGAAGGCUGAAGCAGAGAAGAUAUUGCAGAUCAAGCAAGCAGAAGGAGAUGCCGAGUCAAAGUAUCUGGCUGGGCUUGGUAUAGCUCGGCAGCGUCAGGCUAUUGUAGAUGGACUUAGGGACAGUGUGUUGGCCUUCUCUGUGAAUGUACCUGGGACAACAUCAAAGGAUGUCAUGGACAUGGUUCUUGUAACACAAUACUUUGACACAAUGAAGGAGAUCGGUGCCUUAUCGAAAUCCAACUCUGUUUUCAUCCCACACGGGUCGGGUGCUGUGAGAUACAUCACUACUCAAAUCAGGGAUGGUCUUCUUCGGUCCAGAACCACUGAGUAGCCUCAUGUCUUCCAUCGCAGUUUGGACAACCCGGCUAUCCUGCUUCGUCAACAAAACAUCUGCCCGAUGUAAACCCCCACCACCACCCAAAAAAAAAAAAAAAACACCUUCCCCGGAA